UCUCUUUGCGGUCAGAGCGGGUAGAGCCAUCCCGAGGGGUGGGUCUUGCUCCGGCAACAGGAGGAGAGAAAAAAAGGAAAACCCACCUUUUUCAUUGUUGGGGACGCGGUGGAAUGUGAUGGUUUGAUCUCGAACGGACUUGGGAAGGGGAUAUCCGAGAGAAAAGGGCCGAUUAGAGGGUGAAGGGAAAGGUGGAAGAGGUUCCGCCGGGCUCCGAGAAACUGGGAUGAACUUGUCGUGUCCUCCACGGCCGCAGUGAGGGAGACCGGAGCCGCGUGAGCAAUACUCCAGCCGCCGGUGGCAUCUUUUUGGGAUUUAUUGCUCUCUCUUCCCCGACUUGACGACGGAGCUCAUUUUGAGAUGACGAAUUCAUCUUGUAAACGCCAAGCUGAAGGAACCGUAAAGUCUUAAAGCACCACUUGCAGAAAGUGCAGCGAGACAGACCACGGAUAGAUUUGAGCCACCUUCACAACGCCCAUUGUUGAACUUAACUUGAGAUCAACACAACACAAAUGUGGACCUUUCCAAACACUCAAAUAACCUGAAGAAAACACAUGACGCUAGAAACACAAAAAAACGUUGUAGCCAUGUCUGACAUGACACAUCGCCACCUCCGGCACAAGCUACAAAGUCUCAGUAGACGGCUCGAUGAACUGGAGGAAGCCACCAACAAGCUGCAGAAGUCUGAAGAUGAGUUGCUUGACAUUCAGGACAAGAUCAUCCAGGCAGAAGGCAGCAAUUCAUCCUUGCUUGCCGACGUCGAGGCCCUGAGGAAACGCCUCUUGAAAAUCCAAGGUAAAGAUGAGGAGGUACGCAAAGCGGAAGACCUCUGCCGUACCGUCAGAGAGAAACUGGAGGAAGAGGAAAACCUAACAAUGGAGCUGAAAACUGAGAUCGAACAUCUACAGCGGAGGAUGGCGGAACUGGAGAAACUGGAAGAAGCUUUUGGGAAAAGCAAGUCAGACUGUAGCCAGCUCUGUCUCAGCCUCAAUGAAGAGAAAAACUUAACCAGGAAGCUCUCAACCGAGUUGGAGGCCCUCAAAGCACGUUUAAAGGAAAUAGAAGGGUCGGAGGUGAAACUGGACAAAGCGGAGCAAACUUUAGCGGCGGACCUGGACAAGCUUAAGGGAUUCUGCCAGGCUUUUGAAAAUGAGCAUAAGAGGAUACGAGAGAAACAAAGAGAAGAUGAGAAGAUCAUUCUCAAGCUGACGGAGAAACUGGAGCGUCUAGGCAUGUCUGUAGAUCCGGGUUGUGCAGACUUCAUGAGGUCGAGAAUUGAAGAGGAGCUUUCUUCUACAGGCAUCCACACCAGUAACUUGACCGGACGCAAGAAGAGCCUCGACUAUAACAUUGGCCUGCUGAAUAAAUCAGAAAAUCAGAAGAACAGUGGCCUUGCAGGGUCAACCGAGGAGGACAACAAAGUGAAGGAGUUGACACAGGAAGUGGAACGGCUGAAGAACCGCCUCAAACAGCUGGAGAUUGUGGAGGAUGACUUGAAGAGCUCAGAGUCAAAAAACGGAGAGCUUCACGAAAAGUUCCAGAUGGAACGCGACCGGGCUCGCCAACUGAGCGAGCAGGUGGAAGAGCUCAGGACACAGCUGUGUAGCAAAGGCGGAAUCGGAGGCCACAGAACUGGUAACGUGGAUAAGCAAGGCAACGGAAGUGCUAACUUCUGCCCCAGCAGCCCUGCCAAGCACCUGGAGAAUGGCAAAGCGGAGAAUGAAGAGAUUGCAAAGGGAAGUUUCAGGCAAGAGAAGCCCAAAUAUCGGAGCGCUGCAUCGGUCACAGAGCCCGGCUCGCCGAAGCACCGGGUGAGGGAGUUGUCUCCUCAGCACAAGAGAGAAACCAAGCUGAGAACUAAAGAGCUCGGCAACUCGGAGGAAAGUUCUGCGAUGUACCUUAAUAGAGCCAUCAGUCCUGCACACAAAAGUAGGAGGACCCCCAAAACCCCAAAUGCGCUUGUUUCAUCUGAUAACGGAAUCAAAGACACGGGCAGAGGAACUGAGGAAAAAGCAUACAAGGGAACAAUGUACAGCUCUUUAAAUACACCGUCCAGUGAUAUUAAAAAGGUGUCUGUUCUUAGUCGCUACCCCCCAGCAGCUCAUGACCACAAGCCCCUGAGGACAACUCACAGACAGAGUGAUGGGGACACCAAAAAGAGCCGAAUGGAAAAAAUGUCAAAAUUGUACGGCGGCAGUGACACGGAAUCAAACAACUCAGAUGUUGUGCCCGAGAGCAGUACCGCUGCACUGGAGAAGGACACGGAGCUCACCUCGGACCAGGAAUCGAUAGACCCUGUUCAACAUUCCGCCUCUGUCACCACCAGCCUUUCCAAGGCUAACGGAUCCUACAAAGCUUACAGAUCCAACGUCAAUCAACUGCUGCCAAAUGACCAGGGGUCGGAGGGACAUUCCUCUGCUUCAGAAACCGAGUCGACUGGUUCAAGGCCCUCAGAACCGGAGACUGUGAAUGAAACGACUACUACAACUCAGAGCGGUUGGACUGCAACCUCGAGAUAUUCUCGCUUUUCCCAGGUCAAGGAUUCACAUUCAGAGGGUUCUUCCUCCAGGAGCUCAUUCGACGAAGAGAAAGCACAUUUAGCCGAGGGAGGCGGUAACGCUUCAUCGGGGCUUGAAGUCCAGCGCGUUUGCAGUCCGCGUGAGGCGCUGAGGUCUAAAGCGGUCAUCAAACCGGCCAUUGUUGAGAUCGACAGGAAAGAAAUGAUGAUUUCGGAGCCCCUGCCCGCUAACGGCAAGCCCAGGAUAUCCACCAAACCCACGUUGACCAACACCAGUAAAAUCACGAGCAGUAUAACAAUCUAUCCCAAUGACCCGAGCUCCUCCAGAAACAGCAGUCGCAGCAGCAGUGUGUCCAGUGAGCCCUUGUCCGCCAAGGAACGCCACACCUCCACCAGUAACUUUCUCAUAGGCCCAAGUGGCGAACACCAUGGCAGCGUCUCGGUCCCUUAUGAAAUCUCCAUCCCCAAGAGUGAGAUCACAAUGCGGUCAAGCCAGGACCAGGACCCUGGAUCAGAUCACCACAACGAUUCCUCAUCCAAAUCCAGACUCCACAGCACCUCUAGAGUCGAAACAGCCAUGAGGCACACGGCCUACCAACACAGCAGCGGCUUUAGUCGCCAUUCUCCAGACGCUACCUCUCCUGACCUCAACGACACGGAUUCGGCCUUUGAAAGCUCUAAUAGCAGCACCACUUUCACAAGUUGGCAAAACCAAAGUCUUACACAGUACUCCCAAGAAGAGCGUAUCCCAGACGCAAAGAAUGUAACCGUGAGAAGCACUUGGAAGAACAAAGACAUUGCAUCCGAUGAGAAGGGGAGACGAAGAGCGGGAGGAAGGAUGAUUACGGAAGGGGGUUCUGAGGAUGAGGCCGAAAGCGCAACAACGUGGAGGGCUUAUCUGGCAACAACGGUCGACUCAGAGGACUCUGUGAGCCAUGGAUCGAGAACUACCGGGAUUGUUUCUGCUCUCAGGGCAGCCAAGCCCUCCUUGGCGGCUAUGAGCACGCGGACCGUUGACAAAGACGCUGAGGACUUGGCGCUCCAUCGUGGUGGAAGUGCCAAGUUGGAAGCGGGAGCCCUCGGAAGGACUGUGUCUCACGCGCCCGUCACCUCUCAGUCGUGGAGCCGCCCAUACUCGCAACGGCCACAGGGUGCAAAUGCCGACAACGUCUCAUGGAGACAGCACCUUUCCGCCACCAACUCCGUCCCCGCGGGGAGCUCCUACGAUCGGUCGCCCAAGACCACGGGCUCGUCGUCCAGAGGGGAGCAGUGGUCCAGUCGAGGUCAAGCAUCAGGAAAGAGCGGCGCAGGCGGCCGGGUCUGGACCCAUCGCCAGGCUGAACAACGUUAGCACAACUUGGGGGGCGGGGGGAGCCAGGUAAGAAGAGC